GCAUGUUUCUGAAAUGGAGGAGGUGUCAGGUUAAUAUCAAAAUUUGCUUUUAAUUAACCGGCAGUGCCUAACUAACAUCGAGCUAACCCCGCUUCACUAACACACUGGGAUAACCGUGGAUUUUCAACUUGACAGAAGAGGAGGUGCCAUUGGUAUGCGCGAGCUGUCUAAAUGUGAUUGAGGACGACGAGUUUCUGCAGGCCCUUCACACCGAAUGGCACACCGAUUGUUUUAGGUGCUCUGUGUGCGAUGUGUCGCUGAACAGUUGGUACUUCGAGAAGGAUGGGAUGCUGUUCUGCAAAAGCGACUACUUGUCGAGCUACGGCGAGGCUUGUCAAAACUGCGCCAACAUCAUUACCGGUCCGGUUAUGGUUGCAGGGGACCACAAGUUCCACCCCGAAUGCUUCUGCUGUGCUAGCUGCAAUGCGUACAUUGGUGACGGCGAUUCAUACGCCCUAGUGGAACGGUCCAAGUUGUACUGCGGCUCUUGCUACAAGCACCACAUGAAGCCGCUGUCGAAGCACACCGCCCUGGGCAAGCAGCCCCACAGCAUCCAGCUGCUGGAGAUCCCCGUGGGAAGCACCAGCGCCCGCAGCAUCAAGCUCAGCGCCCCCUGCUUCGGGAUACACGCCGGGGUACACAUCGCCGACCUGGACAUGAACCCUGACCUCAUGUCAUUGCACAUUGGGGACAAGAUCCUGGAGGUGAAUGGAACUCCCCUCAAGCAUCAGUCGCUGGAAGAGAUCGAGGACCUGAUCAAGUCCACAAACAAAGUGCUGCAGCUGACAAUCGAGCACGACCCCAGCAAUAUCUCAAGGUGUGCGGCCCUUCUGUGUCCACCACGGAGGAAAGCCCUAAGCGACAAGGAGCGCCGGUACAAGAAGAAGGAGGAGAGCAGUGGUAGCAGUGGUGCCCGGUCGCGCCAGCUCAAGAGGACAAGUGGAGUCCGAGAGCGGUCUUCCUCCCUGCCUCGUCUGCUAGUCAGUGACCCCGCUGCGUGCAGCAGCCAGCCAACGUACGACCUGAGUCGUACCAAGUCGUUCCGCAUCGAGCCAAAGAACCAGAGGAUCUUCCGGGCGUCCGACCUGGUGCAAGGGAAGCUGCUGGGAAAGGGCUUCUUCGGCCAGGUGUACCUGGUGACCCACCGGGAGACCGGGGAGGUGAUGGUGCUGAAGGAGCUGCACCGGCUGGACGAGGAGGCCCAGCGCAACUUCCUCAAAGAGGUGGCGGUGCUGCGGUCCCUGCACCACGACAACGUGCUGCGCUUCAUCGGGGUGCUGUACCGGGACAAGCGGCUGCACCUGGUCACGGAGUACGUGAGCGGGGGCUCCCUCCGGGCCCUGCUGCACGACUCCUCCGAGCCCCUGCCCUGGGAGCAGAGGGUCGGCCUGGCCAGGGACAUUGCCGCCGGCAUGUGUUAUCUGCAUUCCAUGAACAUCAUUCACAGGGACCUAAAUUCGCACAACUGCCUGGUUAAGGAGGACCGAACGGCAGUGGUGGCAGACUUUGGCCUGGCCCGCAUCAUGAGUGACCAGCCGGGCCAGCCAUCGGGGGGACGGCGGUAUGCGCCGGGCAACGCCAAGCGCAGCCCGGUGGCCGCGGGGGUGCCCAAGAAGCAGGAGCGCAAGAAGCGCUACACGGUGGUGGGCAACCCCUACUGGAUGGCCCCCGAGAUGAUGACGGGCAAGAAGUAUGACGAGAAGGUGGACAUCUUCUCCUUCGGCAUCGUCCUCUGCGAGAUCAUUGGCCGGGUGCAAGCGGAUCCGGACUAUUUGCCGAGGAGCAACGAUUUUGGGCUCAACACGGUGGUGUUCAAGGAGAAGUUUUGUGGCAGCUGCCCAGAGCCAUUCUACCUCAUCGCCUUCCUCUGCUGCGACAUUGACCCGGAGAAAAGGCCCUCCUUCGAGCUGCUGCAGAAGUGGCUGGCAGGCAUCUCGCUGCAUUUGCUCGUGAACAGCCCACUACCGCAGGAACUGCUCAGCGACAUUGCCAACUUUGCGGGCAUGCCGUCGCCCGGAUCCUCUCCGUCGGCCGAGUCCACGCCGGAGUCGCUCACUCCGCCCGAGUGCCGACGUUCCCCACUGCGGACCAUCAGUGAGCAGGCGCUGGACUCUCCGCGCUCUUCCUUGGAGCUGGACUGAAGCCUUGCUAAUGUUCUCGUCGAGUUUUUGUGUUUUUUUUUGUUUUCACCUGUUUUUGUUUGUCUGUGUGUGUGUUUUUUUUCUGGUGUGUGUGUGUGUGUGAAGAGAGGGAGAUUCUUUCCGUUUUUUGGUUACAAACUCUCGAGUGAACUUUCGAAGGGGGUCGAGGAAACGCCCGUGAAGAGUGCGCAAGGGUUGAAACGUCCGGAGCCGUGCAGCUCCGUGGUGAUUGGCGACCCUCGCGCGGUCUUCCUUUCUGCAUUACAAUUUUUUUUUUUUUUGAAUAGUGGGCCAAAAGGGAAUCUAUACAUCCCACUUGUAAUUACUUGAACUGAUUCCUGAUUUUAUGGUUUUCAUCGUUUGUCUCUGCCUUUGGUCUCGGAUCUAAAUCCCCUUUUCUCAUUUUUCGAAAAAGGAGAUAGGAAUUUUUUUUUCCUCUUACAUUUGGUUGUUUGGUAGGAAGUUUUAAAUUUGAUUUUCUUGUCUGCAUAUCAUGUCCAGACUUUUGUAAUAUACGAAUGAGGAAAACAGAACAUAGAACAUAGAAGAGAUAAACAUGAAUGUCUGUCGUCUGUUUUUGUCCCCUCUAUGUUCUGUUCUCAUAAUUAUUAAGGAACAGACCAACAAUGCCAAGCUGUUCUUUUUGUCAUUUUUUUCCCCUAAAGCUCUCUGCCAAAUGCCAGCUAAAUUUUGUAGUGUAAACACACAGAAACCACAUUUCCAGUCUUUAAAUGUGCUGUGGGGGCAGAAAAAAAAUUUUUUUUUUCUUCAGGUAAUAUUUGGUUUGUUAGGUUGUCUAAGCAUGACAUUAAAACCUCUAAGCGGAUGUGGUGCCAUUUAAGGUUAUUUCAUUGAUAUUUUAAAGAUGAUUGAUUCUACAGUUAGUGCAGUCUUUUGAUUUGCCUUUUUUCCGAAUGAUGCGUUUUAUGGCUCACUUCAAUGCUGCAAGUACCUCAACAGUCCAUGCAUGGUCAUUGGGAGGGACAGAAGGAUUUCUUCUUUUCAAUGCAGCCUAAAAGCUGUUUCAUGGUUCAUUUAGGUUUACUUUAGCUGUGUGGAGAUAGCACGGGCCAACUUCCUUGUAGAUGCAAACAACCCUGUGGUAGCUUUUCUGCUAAUACCUAAGGGCAAAUGAGGGUUUAGAAAGUUUUUUUGUUUAUUUAUUCACAUAGCUUGUCUAUUUUUCAUUGGAGGUAUAUAUUUCUUAAUGCUGAUUUUUAGACUGAAAUUAGAUAUCAAAUAUAUUUCCUAGGGUAGAUAGCGAUGUUGAACGUCCUUCCUAUCUUGAAGGUCAUUAGAGUGAUCUCUCGUUGAGAAAUGCUUGCUUUUGAUUAUUUGUGGUACUUUCCAAGGGUCUGGCAUAUUUCAUAAAGCAAUAGAAUGUUAAAGCUGAUAUCUUGUUUUAAUAAAUAUUGUAUUUUGAAAAAGGAAGAAUGGACAAAAACUGCACCAAGUUACAGCUGAUUAAUUUUUUAUCCUUCCUGUUUAACGUGAGAACUCGAACUUUAAGCCACAUUUCAGUUACUGCAGAACACAACAAUAUAGUACCAAGUUGACCGAAGUCUGUUCCUGAUGACGUUGUCAAGACCUUGUAAAGCAAUGACAUUUUACCAAAAAAGAAAUGAAGUUGUGAAAAUCUCAUUUGAAGUGUUUGCUUGCCCUAUGUCAGGCCCUUUGACACUUAUAACUUGCUGGUUUUUUUUAAUAGCGAGGGACUGUAUUGAAUUUUUAUAUCUUAUGAGGAGAUACUCUGAACCUCAAAUAUUGCAUUUUGAAAAACACAAUGAACAGUGUUGCAAUUCUUUUGCUUUUUUUAAUAGCCACGUCCUUUCUUAACAACCUCGAGUUACUAUGCGUGCCAGGGGUGUUGGAUUCUAAGCUCUGCUCCGUUUACUGUUUUGAUAGAAACUACUAGGACAUUUUGAAAGCAUACGACAUCUUAGAAGUGCCGCGUUUCUGGUUGAGCACUCGCACAAAAAUCAAAACGCCCGCGUGGUCGAAUGGGGAGUGAGAAAUGACAGGGAUGCAAGUCUGGGAGUUUUGCGGGUCCUAAUCGUGUUUUUGUACAAACUGUAGAGUGACUCAAUGUUGACGACCAUUUGGUCAGCAUUUGUGCCUAGAUGUUGGGAUGCAAGAUUCCAUUGGAAGAAGUUCUUCUUUUCAAAAUUGAAAGUCAAGUUUGAUUUGCGUCUUUUUUCUUUCAUCUGUGCAAUGCACAUUAAGUGAGGCGUACCGCCUGUUUCCAUUGAUUUUGUCAUUCCGUUUUCUUGUUUUUUUUUUGUUUUUUUUUGUCACCUGUCUCAUAGUGAGCUUUAAAAGUGCACAAGGGUCCAUGUAUAUAUUCACCCUGCCUUCAUUCUCCAAGUGUAGCAGCAGCCUUUGUUCUUCCCAAGAGUGCUUUUGAAAUGGCCAAAGACACUUUUGAAGGGCAAGUUUGGAGUCUUCACAUUCUACUAUAGUGCCAGGAAUCUGUCAGUGCUAUACCUGUCUUUAUCAUUCCAGCCCUCAGUGGAUGUGAGGAUGAAAAGCAAAAAGUUUCUAUAUUUUAUGUGCUUUUUUGCAAAUAAUUUAUUUUUUGUCUAUCUUUUCUAAAAAGCAGUUACCUGUACAUAACAUAUAAGUUAUUUGCUCUAUUGAUUGUGUCUGACUGUACUUAUUGUAUGAGCUGUGCUGAGUUAUUUGUAUGUGUACUGUUCUUUGUUUUGUGCAUUCUUUUCCGAGUGGAAGCAUUGUUUUGCGUGAUUCGCCACCUGCAAAUUUGGUGGAUUUGGGCAUGUCAUUGCUCUCUUUAUUAUCUCGGAGCAAUACUGGCCUUGGUUUUCGAUGUCUCACGGGCAAGAAGUGCUUUUCUAUGGACUUGGUAGUUGAAGCUCAUUUUGUGCUUCAGGUUGCUAUAAUCACGACUGCAUGCGAGUUGCGGAGUAGCACUACUUUCUACAAACAUUGAUGAGUCACACAUUGUGUAGCUAAAGCUAUGGAGGACAUCUUCACUAUUUUUACAUGGAUUCAUUUUCCUGUAGAUUUUUAUAAUUUUUUUUAAAUUUUAUGGUAUAUAAUUGAGAGCAACCAGCACAUUUUGGAGUUGAAUCUCGUAGCUUGGCCGGAGUGGCAAGAGAAAAAAGUAUGGCAUGCUAUGAUUCUCGCGACAGCUGUUGUAGGCCAUUCAGAAAGUUAUAAUGUCGAGGCUUGCUUGCCACGUUUCCGGUGCCCGAGUGCGAGAAAUUGAAGCCAGUCUGUACGAGAUUGAGACGUGCAUGAGAAACCUUAGCGGAAGCUCCUUAUGUAAAAUCCAGGAUGUCUUGACAAUUGAUUCGAUACACUGCCAGAGAAUGUAGUUACAGGCAAAACCUUGAAUGUCUAGAAAUGUGAAAAACAAGACAAAUCUUGAAGAAUGUAUAGAACUUUCAAAUAUCCUUUUUAGUUUCUCGGCAUGUGACGGGCAUCCUGUUGCCUACUUUGCACCUUGUGGGCUUUGUAUUGGCCAAUCUGGUGUUCAAAAAUUAGGAAAUCAAAAGGUGAGCCCAGGUUCUCCAGCAGCAAAUUGCAGAUGCGAUUCACUAUUGUGCAAACCCAUCGUGAUUUGUCAAGGUGUUCAAGUAAAGACACCAAAUGCUGCAUGGGAGUUACCCAUAAUUUUUUUUUUCUUGUGUUGUUUGAUUGGAGGAAGUUCUUUUGAAACAUUGCUAUCCCUCAAGCUGUUUACAUUGAUACCGAUCAACUCAAAGUGUUGUCACUGAUAGGAUAUCUAUGCAUGUGUUCAAGAGAGGCUCGAUUGUAAUUGCAUAAAAUUGCGUCUGUUGGUGAUACUCUCACAGUUGUUUUUGCAGCACAGUAUGCAUAAGGGUAAGGCAUACUUGAUAAAAUGAAAUCAAAAUUUAAAAAUUGCUGUUUCUUUAGUUUCUUUUGUGAAUCGAGAAAAAAUUGUAUGAAAAUCGUCUUUAUUGUCUUGGCAUUGCGGUCAAUAAAAAUGUCUAGACUGGAGUUAG